UCCGCUUCAUACUGCAUUGUGGGAGCGGGAAAACGCCACAAAUACUCACGUUGCUGGGACGUUGACGAGAGAAAAUCAAAGGAUUUUUAGUCAUCGUUUCGAUAAAGAUAUCGUCACAAUGUCCAUUGGCGUCCCAAUCAAAGUUCUCCAUGAAGCAGAGGGUCAUAUUGUAACCUGUGAAACCAAUACCGGUGAGGUCUACAGAGGAAAACUGAUAGAAGCUGAGGAUAACAUGAACUGUCAGAUGUCAAACAUCACUGUGACAUAUCGGGAUGGCAGAGUUUCCCAGCUGGAGCAAGUCUACAUCCGCGGCAGCAAAAUUCGCUUCCUUAUCCUGCCGGACAUGUUGAAAAAUGCUCCUAUGUUGAAGAGCAUGAAAAAUAAAAAUCAAGGAGCAGGAGCUGGGAGGGGCAAGGCAGCUAUUCUUAAAGCUCAAGUUGCUGCAAGAGGUCGUGGCCGGGGAGGUCCAGGAGGAAGAGGAAAUAUUUUCCAGAAAAGGCGAUAAUUUGAGCCACAGAACAGUUUGCCUGUACAGAUGAUUUUUUUUGGUAUGUUAAUGGCUUACUUGGUAGUAAUCUGUGAAUUCACUGAUAUUGCAAAGUAACUCCUUACCCAGGAAUCCUGUUUCUUGUUUUGUUUUUUUGUUUUUUCCCCUUUGGUCAUAAUAAAUUUGACUUUUUACUUUUCUA